AUGAGUGAAGUAAAACAAGACAUAUUCAACACAACUACAAUUGAUUCUUCAUCAAAAGAUAAUAAAAUAUCUAAUGAAGAAAAAACUAUACAUUUACAACAAUAUGAAACUCGUAGUGUGGAAGAAAAUACUGAACCUUGGAAACCACAUGGACCUUGGUAUAAAGAUGUUACAAAACGCAGAUGGUUUACAUUUGGUUUAAUUGCAUUUUUGAUAGCAGUCGUCAUUAUUGUUGGACUUUAUAUAUUUUUCAAGAUUGAUGAACAGUCACAAUAUAAUAAUAAAGAGUAUUGUCAAUUCUAUAAAGAGUAUUGUCAACUCUAUAAAGAAUAUUGUCUAUUCUCUAAUAGUAGCGAAGAAGCUGAUAAUUAUUUCUUUGGAUCAUCACCAAUGGUAGAAGAUGAUAAUUCAAAUUUAAACACAACUAUCAAAGAAUUAAAUUUAAGGAUUAAAAAUAUUUUUAGAGCCGAUCCAAUUAUACAAAAAAUUGUAUUUAAUGGAAGAAAAGUUGCUGGUGGAGAUAAAGAUUUACAAUAUUAUGGAAUCAAGGAAAAUAGUGUAUUGCAUUUAGACCUUUUGCCAUUUUCAUCAUCACCUUCUUCUUUUAAGGAUAAGAAAGAUAAGAAGAAAAAUAUCAUAUUCAAGAGAUUUAUUAAUCCAAAUUUUAUAAACAAAUUAUAUGAUAAUGCUUUUACAUUAUAUAAUGAUUUUAAAUACUCAUCUUCUUCAUCACAAUAUUUCUUAUCAUGGAACAAACACAAUUCAAUUGCAAAUCAAGGAAAUAUUCUUCUUAGACAAUUACAACACCAAGAACAUCAUCUUUCUCAUCCUCGCCCUCAUCUACAAAAUCUUAAUAAUUUAAUUAAAUUUUCUGAUGGCAUGUUUACAACGCCAGAUUUAAAGCUGGCAGAAUUAUACAGCAAAAUAUUUUAUUUUAAAGGUGAAAAAUAUAAAAGAUUUGAUAUCAGGAAUGAUCGACUUGAUGAAUAUUGGGUUUCUCCUCGUGAAAACGAGUUAAAACCAUUUGAUGUUCUAGUCAAAAAAGUAAAGUCUAUUCAAUCUAUUGAUAACAUAACUUCAUCAAUUAAUACUUCUAUUAUGAAUCAAAAUCGAAAACAAGACAUAAGGCAACUUGUUUCACAACCGAAAAAUAAUCCAUCCAAGACUACUACUACUGUCUUACCAUAUAAUGAAUAUUCUUUAUCCAAGGAUAGAUUCUAUAAUGCUCAAGUUUCAUCAUUACAAAAUGUUGUUGUAAAAAAUGAACCAUCAACAACUAAUAUAACUACCAAUAAUCAUAAAAUCCCGUCAAUCAAAUCCCUUAAAUUAAAUAAUCCAGAUAUUCAAGAUUUACCUUCAAUAUUACAAAUAUUUGUUAAUGGAAAUGUGUAUAAUCAUGCGUUAAUUCAAUACAAAAAUGUUGAAAGUGUAAAGAAUGCAAUUGAAAAAGAAAAUGGUAGAAUUUUCAAUGGAUCAAGACUAGAAAUUAAUGAAAAGAAAAAUAAUGGUGAACCUCAUCGUCAUGAUAAAAUUAAAGAAAAACGGUCAAUGAACUGA